CAAACACCAACAACAUUCCGAUGAUGCUCCCAAGCCCAGGAUGCAAUGCGACCGAUGAGCUCCCCUUUUUACAUCUAUAGCUGCUGAUAUGUGCCGUGAUAGCUCUCCGCGUCUGAUCCUUGGCUUUUCCGCCCCCACGACCUCAACUGCUAGAUCUCCACCUCCAUCUCGUCUGGGGGUUUACUUGGGACUGUCGUCUCUCUGUUGCUCGAUCCAAGCUAUGGGUACCAUGAAUGGAAAGGCGAUAUUGGGCAGCUCCCGCAUUGUCGUUGCGAUAACCCCUCUAUUCGGCAUAUCGAACCAUCUGAUUGGUGUCAUCACAUCUGCUUCGCUUUCCCUCAAGGACUCCGAGCGACAUUUGGGAGUCUGCGGCUAACGCAUCAGAAUAGGUUUCAGGACGUCCUUCGCCAAGCGUGCCCCCGUCCGGAUCGUUAUAGGUUUCCCAAGCAAGCCUCAGAUUGUUACUACGCCACCGGGGUUCGGCAACGUCGACUCGAAGGAUUCAUAUGCAGUCCUCAUGACCUGCAAGCGGUACACCCAGGACCAUGCGUUCCUGC